AUGGCGUCAAAAAAGUACGCCUUCCUCCCGAUGGAGGACGACGAGGUCGGCCCCACGAAAGUGGUCAAGGACAAGAAGAAACACAAGUCGCGCCACCGCGAUCGCUCGCGCGAAAGGGACAAGGAUCGCGACCGCAGCGAGAGAACGUCAAGACGCCGAUCGCGAUCCAGAUCACCAGCCCGACCUUCGAGACAGUACCGCAAGAGGGAUACCGGCAACGACGACAGGUGGGCGGAUGAAGAUCCGCCAUCGGAAGCCGACGAAAUCGAGGAGAACGACGAGCCCGAGUUUCAGGAAUCUGCUUCGAAGCGCGUCAAGCUCAGCCAUGAUGACCGAGACCGCGACGGUGACCUGUCGGACGGCGCGAAGGAGGAGCUGGAGCGCCAACGCGACAUUGAAGAACGCGAAGCCUUUGCGAAACGGUUACGUGAGAAGGACGACAAGAAGUCCAAGGGCGGCUCCGAGAGCAGACGGCCGGAGGUGGACCGUAAGGCGAACAUGGAGGAUCUGCGCAUGAAGAGUCGACAGAUGUACCUUGGGAAACGAGAGGCCGAGAAGCUUGCCCUGCUCCGCAAACAGGUUGCCGAGGAGACGGAAGAGCUUAGGAGUGGCGUCAGGUUAUCAGAAAAAGAGAAGGCCGAGUUCGCCAAGAACCGCGAGAUUCUGCGGUUGGCGGAGGAGCGUCUGAAGAUUGACGACCAUAAGGAUGGAUACUACAUACCGGAGGACUACAUCACGGAGAAGGGCAAAAUCGACAGAAAGAGAAAGGAAGAUGCCAUGUACAAGAGGUAUGUGGAGAAGGACGAGUACGGACAGGAAAAGUUCGUUACGGAGCACGAGGAGUGGGAAAGAGAACAAGCGACCAAGGCCAAGGCACAGAUUCAGAGGUCCGAACGAGAGAACGACGACUACGCUUACGUCAUGGACGAGGAGCAGUACAUCAAGUGGAAUCUGGGGUCAAGUUUGCCCGGGGAGGGCAAGCUGACCAAAGAGCAGCAGUUUUUGGCAGCCCAGAUCGAGGCGGCUGAGAAGAAGCAGCUUUCGAUCCAGGAGACGAGGAGGAGCCUGCCCAUCUACGCAUACCGAGAUGACUUCCUCGCGGCGAUGGAGAAAUACCAGAUCCUCGUCAUUGUCGGAGAGACGGGUUCCGGAAAGACGACGCAACUGCCGCAGUAUCUGCACGAGGCGGGGUACACCAAGAACGGCAUGAAGGUCGGGUGUACGCAACCACGUCGUGUGGCUGCGAUGAGUGUCGCUGCGCGUGUAGCGGACGAGGUCGGUGUCAAGGUCGGACAGGAGGUGGGUUACUCGAUCCGUUUUGAGGACAACACCAGCGACAAGACCAUUCUGAAGUACAUGACGGACGGCAUGUUGCUAAGAGAGUUCAUGACGGAGCCCGAUCUCGCUGGAUACUCCGCCAUCAUGAUUGAUGAGGCUCACGAGAGAACCGUCCAUACGGACAUUCUGCUCGCGCUGGUCAAGGACUUGGCGAGAGAGAGACCAGACUUGAAACUUCUCAUUUCGUCCGCGACAAUGAACGCUGAGAAGUUUGCUGCCUAUUUUGACGACGCUCCUAUUUACAACAUUCCCGGACGAAGAUACCCGGUCGAUAUUUACUAUACGCCAGCGCCGGAAGCCAACUACUUGGCCGCCGCCAUUACGACAGUAUUCCAGAUUCACACGACACAGGGCAAGGGCGAUAUCCUCGUGUUUCUGACGGGUCAAGACGAGAUCGACGCCGCUGAACAACAAAUAGCAGACACGGCGAAAAAGCUGGGAAGCCGUAUUAAGGAGCUGGUGAUCUGCCCUAUCUAUGCCAACCUGCCAUCGGAACUGCAAGCCAAGAUCUUCGAGCCUACGCCCGAAGGCGCUCGCAAGGUUGUUCUGGCCACCAACAUCGCCGAGACGAGUUUGACCAUUGACGGCAUCGUCUACGUCAUCGACCCGGGCUUCGUCAAGGAGAACGUCUACAACCCGGCAACGGGCAUGUCAAACCUCGUCGUUACGCCAUGCUCGAGAGCCUCGGCGAACCAGAGGAGCGGUCGCGCCGGUCGUGUCGGUCCCGGAAAGUGCUUCCGACUGUAUACCAAGUUCGCCUACAUGAACGAGAUGGAUGAAUCACCAAUGCCCGAGAUCCAGCGCACAAACCUCAACGGCGUCGUGCUCCAGCUCAAGUCCUUGGGCAUCAACGAGCUCCUCGACUUCGAGUUCAUGGACCCGCCUCCCACGGAAGCCCUCAUCGGCGCGCUAAACCAGCUCUUUGCCCUGCAGGCGCUCAACCACAAGGGCGAGCUCACGAAGAUGGGCCGACAGAUGGCCGAGUUCCCAACAGACCCGAUGCUCGCCAAGGCGGUUCUCGCCGCCGACAAGGAGGGGUGCGUCGAGGAGGUGCUCUCGGUCGUUUCGAUGCUCAGCGAGGCAUCGGCGCUCUUCUUCAGGCCCAAGGACAAGAAGAUCCACGCCGACAGCGCGCGCGCCCGCUUCACCGUCAAGGAGGGUGGCGACCACCUCACCCUGCUCAAUAUCUGGAACCAGUGGGUCGACAGCGACUUCUCGCCCAUCUGGUCGCGCGAAAACUUCCUGCAGCAGCGCUCCCUCACCCGCGCCCGCGACGUGCGCGACCAGCUCGCCAAGCUCUGCGAGCGCGUCGAGGUCAGCCCCUCGACCUGCGGCGCGAGCAACAUGCAGCCCAUCAAGCGUGCGCUGACGGCCGGCUUCUUCCCCAACGCGGCGCGCCUGCAGCGCAGCGGCGACAGCUACCGCACAGUCAAGAAGAACGCGACCGUCUACGUCCACCCGAGCUCCGUGCUCAUGGGCGUCGACCCGCCCGUCAAGAUGCUCGUCUAUUUUGAGCUCGUGCAGACCACGAAGGAGUACAUGCGCAGCUGCAUGCCCAUCGAGCCCAAGUGGCUGGCGGAGCUGGCGCCGCACUUUUACAAGCAGAAGGACAUGGAGGCCAUGGAGGAGAAGAAGAUGCCCAAGGCGAGGAACUAUGAGCGGUAG